CUUUUUCUCUCUCUUCGUUUUCUUAUUCUUUUUGAUGUUGAGCUCUUCUUUUAUGUUCAAACGUACCCAUAAAGACCGGGACCUCGGACCUGCUCUUUUCCUCUCCUCUCCUCUCCUUCUCCUUUCUACGUUUCCUCUCUUUCCCUUUCUCUCGCUCAUGUUUCAAUCAUCGUGGCACAUUUGUCACAGAAGCAUUUCCAAGGAAGGGUGUUUGUUGCUUGAUCACUGAAAUUGACACAUAAAUUCUGGUUCUUGCAGCUUAACACAAUUCAUAAGAAGCUUUUUUCCAAAUGCUAAAUUUUGCAAGAGGAAGAAGCCAGCCAAGGCCUACUAGACCUAUGCCGUUUGUAGGCAUGGAAUAUCCUGAUCCCAAAAGGAAGAACAAUCUUGUAGGAAAAAUCCUUAUGGCUGCAACUCUUACAGCCUUAUGCAUUAUCAUGCUCAAGCAAUCCCCAACGUUCAAUACUCCAAGUCGGUUCUCCCAACAUGAAGAAGGGGUAACCCAUGUUCUUGUAACUGGUGGUGCUGGCUAUAUUGGUUCACAUGCUGCUUUACGACUUCUGAAGGAGUCAUACCGUGUAACUGUUGUGGACAAUCUUUCACGUGGAAACAUAGGUGCUGUGAAGGUUCUACAAGAAUUAUUUCCAGAACCUGGAUGGCUUCAGUUCAUUUAUGCUGAUCUGGGGGAUGCAAAAGCUGUAAAUAAAAUAUUUUCAGAAAAUGCAUUUGAUGCUGUAAUGCACUUUGCAGCUGUUGCAUAUGUUGGGGAGAGCACACUUGAUCCUCUCAAGUAUUAUCACAACAUUACUUCAAACACCUUGGUGGUCUUAGAGUCAAUGGCUGCUCAUGGUGUUAGGACUUUGAUAUAUUCUAGUACAUGUGCCACAUAUGGGGAGCCUGAAAAGAUGCCAAUCACUGAAGAAACCCCACAGGUUCCAAUCAAUCCGUAUGGAAAAGCUAAGAAGAUGGCGGAAGAUAUCAUCCUGGAUUUCUCUAAGAAUUCAGACAUGGCUGUUAUGAUCCUAAGAUACUUCAAUGUGAUCGGGUCUGAUCCUGAAGGAAGAUUAGGUGAGGCUCCCAGACCUGAGUUGCGUGAGCAUGGACGAAUUUCAGGUGCUUGUUUUGAUGCAGCUCGUGGUAUCAUUCCUGGUCUAAAGGUCAAGGGAACAGACUACAAAACACAUGAUGGCACUUGCAUACGUGAUUAUAUUGAUGUUACUGACCUGGUUGAUGCUCAUGUUAAAGCUCUUCAAAAGGCAAAGCCGGGUAAAGUUGGAAUUUACAAUGUUGGCACUGGAAGAGGUAGAUCAGUGAAGGAGUUUGUGGAGGCAUGUAAGAGAGCCACGGGGGUGGAGAUAAAAGUUGACUAUCUUCCCCGCCGACCUGGAGAUUAUGCGGAAGUGUUUAGUGACCCAACUAAGAUCAGGCGUGAGUUGAACUGGACUGCUCAAUUUACUGAUCUCCAGGAGAGUUUACAGAUUGCAUGGAGAUGGCAAAAGGUGCAUCGUGAUGGAUACGCAGCUGCCUCUUAGGUGAUUGUUUCUUGAGUAGUUCACUGCAUUUUAUAGCAAAAGGCUAACGCAGACCCCAGACGGCUUGAUUCCGGCCGCGUUUCUUCUAUCUCUCACAUAGAAGAUGGGAGGAAAAUUUGAGAUUAAAUUCUUCCAUUGCUAUUACAUUAUUUGGUUAGUUAUAGGGAGCAGCCAAUUCAUUAUAUGUGUAUUGGAAAAGAUAAUGAUAGUUUAAUAAUAUGAUGCCAAGGCUCAGAUAUAGCUUUUCUUGAUUCUUUUUGCUCAUGUUUUUUCUUCCCGGUUUCAUUGCUAAUAGAUUCAACAAUUCUGGCUUUGUGGCCGCUUAAAAUCCCUGCUAAAUGGAACUU